AUGAUACCUGGACCUAAAUCUUUACCUAUUAUUGGUAAUGCAUUAAUGUUUUUUGGUAGUUUAGAAAAAGUAGAAAAAAUGUUUUAUGAACAAGAUCAAAUUGGUUUUAAGAAUGAUGAACCAUUAAGAAGAUUUUGGAUAGGAAAUCUUUUAAUUGUUCAUGCUUUAUCACCUGAAGCAUCUAAAGUUAUUCUUGAAAGUAAAACAGAAACAUAUAAAGGAAUUGGUUAUGAUUUUUUUUAUGACUGGUUAGGAAAUGGUUUAGUUACUUCAGAUGGAGAUAAAUGGAAACAAAGAAAAAAGUUAAUUGCUCCUUCAUUUAGUUUUAAUAUGUUAAAAAAAUAUUUUGAAACAUUUAAUAAAGAAUCAAAGGCAAUAGUUGAAAGGUAUGAAGUUUUUGCAAAAAGUGGUGAAGAAGUAGAGAUUCUUGAAACUAUUAAAAGGGCAGCACUAGAUAUUUUAUGUGAAACUGCUAUGGGAGUUAAAGUAAAUAUUGCAGACAAUCCAAAUCAUCCUUAUCAUUUAGCUGUCAAAAGAUAUUUUAAAUUAGCUACUAUACAUUUUAAAAAUAUAUUUUACCAAAUACCUUAUUUUUAUUAUCUUUUUGGUGAUAAAAAAGAAAAAAAUAAACUUAUAGUAAUUCUUAAAACAUUUACUCAAAAUAUUAUUAAACAAAAGACUGAAGAAUUUGAAAAAAAUAAUGAAGUAUUUAAUGAGAAUACAUUUUUAUCAAAUUUGUUAAAAUUUAAAAAAGAAAAUGAAUUGAAUGAUGAUGAUAUUCGAGAGGAGGUUGACACAUUUAUGGUUGCAGGUCACGAUACAUCUUCUAGUUUAGCUUCUUUCUUAUGGUGGUCAUUGGCAUGUUAUCAAGAUAUACAAGAAAAAGUAUACCAAGAGAUAUAUGAUGUUUUUGGUGAAGAGGAGAGAGAUGUUUUACCAGAAGAUUUACCUAAACUUAAAUAUACAAAGAUGGUUAUAGAAGAAACUCUUAGAAUGUAUCCCACAGUUCCAUAUUUUAAUAGAACAUUAAAAAAUGAAGUUGAAGUUUGUGGUUAUACCCUCCCAAAAGGUACUAUGUUUGUUUUUCCUCUUCAACAAACUAGUUUUAAUCCAAAAAUUUUUCCUGAUCCAUUUAAAUUUGAUCCUAAUAGAUUUUUACCAGAAAAUAUUUCAAAAAUUAAUCCUUAUGCAUUCAUUCCAUUUAGUAGUGGACUAAGAAAUUGUGUUGGACAAAAAUUUGCAAUGAAUCAAAUAAAAAUUAUGCUUGUAUGGGUUUUAAGACGUUUUAAAUUAACUACAAAAAGAGAUAAAGAUUAUGUUAAAACACUUCCAGAAAUUGUACAAACCCCUGUAAAUGGAAUACCUAUUGUUUUUAAAAAAAGAAAACCAUUAUUAUUUUAA